CCCGAAAUUCCCUUGGCAGAAAAGCGACAUCAGCUACAGUGGGACAGUGACAUCGCGUAUCGGAAAGGAUCAACAAAAAUCUGGGUACCCAAUUACCCUCCUUUGCGCCAGUUACUACUCGAAGAAUACCACAACGUCCUCUACGCCGGACACUUCGGUAGCAACAAGACGCUGACCGGUAUUGCAAAACACUACUACUGGCCCCACUUGGCAGAGGAUGUUCAGAAAUUUGUCACCUCAUGUGAUACAUGUCAGAGGAUGAAGAGCAGCAAACAAAAGAAAGCGGGACUGCUACAGCCUCUUCCUGUCCCAGAACAGCCAUGGCAAGUGCUUAGCCUGGACUUCAUCACCGGGUUACCACCUACCACCAGCGGUCAUGACGCAAUCCUUGUCGUCAUCGACAAGUUCUCCAAAAUGGGACACUUCAUCCCGACACACACGACAGCAUGCACCGAGGAGACAGCACAACUAUUUGUUCGAUACAUCAUCUCACAGCAUGGCAUCCCAACCACACUUAUCUCUGACCGAGACCCCAAGUUCACCAGCAAGUUCUGGAAGGAACUCAUGUCUCUGCUCGGGACCAAACUCACCAUGUCAUCCGCCUAUCAUCCGCAGACUGAAGGACAAACCGAGCGCCUCAACCAGAUUGUCGAGCAACUCCUCCGAGCAGCCUGCAAGGACGAGAUCUCCAAAUGGGACUUGCACCUGCCCGUACUCGAGUUCGCUUACAACAACGCUACACAUGCCGCUACUGGACAGACGCCGUUCUUCCUCUGCUACGGACGCCACCCACUCACACCACAGAAACCGACAACAUCCGCUACACUGGUGGAGAAGCAGGUGCGGAGGAGGCGGGGGAGCAGCAGCAGCCGCAACACCGGCAGCAGCAGCAAAAGAAGCAGCAGCAGCAGCAAUAGCAGCAGCAGUAGCAGCAGCAGCAGCAGCAGCAGCAGCAGCAGCAGCAGCAGCAGCAGCAGCAGCAGCAGCAGCAGCAGCAGCAGCAGCAGCAGCAGCAGCAGCAGCAGCAGCAGCAGCCUCAGCAGCAGCAGCAGCCUCAGUGGCAACAGUACCAGCAUUAGCAGCAACAGCCGCGGCAGCAGCAGUGGGGUCUUGGGCGUGGUGCUAGCCCAGGCAGUUGGGCCCCGUGGCAUAUAGAAUAGACUGCUGUGUGCAUU